AAACAAACUUAUUUCUGUAUUUUGUCAUGGCAGUAAGACACGUAUACGGCAUAUUUUGAGCCACAGUUAUAGUCCUAACUUGAUUGCUGUGGUUGCCUCCUCACCCAUUCACCAGUUUUUAUCGCAGUAAUUGACCUAUGCUCUUCCACCUGUUAUAACAUAACACAGAAGAGAGCAAAAAGCAAACAUACACCCUAUAAGGCAUGUGCGCACACACAAAUGCGCACACACAGACAUGCACACAAACACACACACGCACAGAGGCAUAUCUCAUUACCAUCCUCCUGAUAGUGCAGCCAGUGGGUGUUGCAAGAGGAGGAGGGAAGGAGAGCAAGACAGUGAGCUUUAGAGAGAGAGAGAGAGAGAGAGAGGACAAGGACAGGCGGAGCAGAGCCAGUGUUAUAGAGAGAGGGAGAGCACGAACACUCAACAAGAUAACAGAAGAUACGCGUGGGAACAGCAGCCCACAGGAAAGGCAAAGAUAGAGACAGAGCAGGGGAGCCGGUGUGCACAAAACCAACGUGUCAGAGCCUGUGGGUCUGUCUGUGGGAGUGCGUGUGUGAGCUCAGUGUGUUUCCACGGUUCUCCUGAGGCCGUGGCAGCCAUGGCGUCAGAGCCUAGCACCCAGUCCAGGGUGAUGUUCCAGGCGGCGGACAAAACAGAGGAGCCGGCGCACCGCAAGCUGGGGAAGCUGACAGUCAAAUACAACCGCAAGGACCUGCAGAGGAGGCUGGAUAUCGAAGAGUGGAUCGACGGGCAGCUGCACCUGCUGUUUGACUGUGAGGAGGAAGAGAUUCCAGAGUUAGAGAUUGACAUAGAUGAGCUCCUGGAGCUGACAGACGAGGGGCAGAGAACCCGGCUGCAGGAGUUGUUGCAGGAAUGUGGAAAGCCAAAAGAGGAUUUUAUCAAUGGGCUGCUCUACAGGAUAAAGGGUCUACGCAAAAUGUCAGGUCCCUUGAAGAAAUAAUUAUAGGUCAAUAAAGAAUUGAGAGAAUGUGGAGCCUCUUAUCCUCCCAUCCGUUAUCUGUUUGGAUGCCUGUAUGUGCGGUUCACACGUCUGUGGGACUUUCUGUCUGCCCUCUGCCCCCUCCUGGGGGCAGCAACAUUCUAACAACACAGCAGUCGGGUUUUGAAUGGAUUUUUUUUAUUUUUAUUAUUUCAUUUUAAUUUAUGGACUGCUAUAACAUUUUGUCUCCCAUAAACAUACCAAUAAUGCACAUGUGAUAAAAGCUGUACUGACUAUUACUCAGAUGGACUGUUUUGUUUGUGUACGACUGUACAUUUUCGGUUGCCUAUUUAUGUACAUAAAUAUUUUUUUGUUCUGAUAACAGUGUUGUAUGUCCAAAUAAAAUUGAACAUUUUCAAGACAA